AUGGGUGAACUGGUAAAUGGCAUGGUGGCUGUCAACCUGACUCCGGACGCGAGAAAAUCCAUUAGGUUUAGAUGGAACCAUGCACUGAUCGUUAAGGUUUUUGGACGGAUUGUGGGAUUUCAUUAUCUUCACUCGAAGGUAGUGAGUUUAUGGAAGCCAGUGGGGAGGCUUGACUGUGUUGACUUGGGUCAUGAUUUCUUCCUCAUGAGGUUCGGGCUAGUUGAGGAUCAUAAGAACGUUAUUAAGGGAGGUCCAUGGUUUAUUGGUGGACAUUUCUUGACGGUUAGAGCGUGGGAACCGAACUUCAAGCCAGCUAACGCACUGUGUAACAUGGUGGCUGUGUGGAUUAGGCUACCAAAGCUCCCAUUUGAAUAUUACGACCUUGGGGUGCUAAGGGAAAUUGGCAAUGCCAUUGGACCGGUCCUAAGGGUGAACUCUAAUACGGCAUCAAAGGCAAGGGGCCGGUUUGCCAGAAUUUGCAUCCCAGUUAACUUGGACAAGCCGCUGACCACUUUUAUUCUCCUUGAAGGGGUUGUACAAGAAGUCCUAUAUGAGGGUAUUAGCACCCUAUGCUUCUCCUAUGGCCGGGUGGGACACAGACGGGAAUAUUGCCCUUUUACAAUUCAGGAAAUGACUCCAGCUGCGAUGAUGGAGGAGUCAAAUGAUUCUGCCGAUCAAGCUGAAACUAGUGGUGAGGUUGGUGACAUUUCAAAAGAGGCGGGAAAGGUCGAUCUUGAUUUGAAAGGUGAUGGGUAG